AUGUCGUCCAGCAGCGUGGACCUGCCAUCAAGUGGCUUGAGUGUGGAUUGGUUCAACCUCGAGGGCCUUGCAGAAAGGGGUGCAGGGGGCCGACUGGUCGUUGGAGCAGCUGUGCUCACUCGGGCCGACUUAGAUUUCAAUUGGGAUAUCGUGGCCAAGGCGAUGGAGUACAUGGGUGCACGUCCAGGGGUGGAUCAACUGCAAGACGAGGUUGAUCUUUUCUUUCAGCGUUCCCGGCAGAAGGGCAGGAAGCCAGUCAGUCGCGAGUUUUGUCGCACACAAGCUUGGCGAGUUCGUAACUUGAUUUCUAUGUUCAACCGGAUAUGCAAGCUGCCCCACCGCCCAAACGAAGAGAAUGUUCGGAAGAUCUACACCCAUUUGGGCCUGGAGAUUCCACCCGGACGGCAGCUACGAUCCAACGAGUCCCUGGAUGAGCAGCAUGGAUCCGAAGAGGUCGGCUAUGACGAGGCGGGUGAGUCGGAAGCAGGAAGCAUCCCAUCGGUGCCGUCUAUGGAGGAAGUGAUCACCCCGAGGCACGCAGCAGGCAAUGAGACGUCGCCUGUAUCAGGAGUGAAGUUGCCUGCCCCCAGCAAGCGCGAAAUUUUGCAAGCCCUGACGGAGCAGCAGCAUCACUUGUCUCGUUUGCUUUUGGCAAAGCAGCAGCUAGCUGCGAAAUCCUGCUGCCCAUCUAAGGGUAGCCUGCCUGCACCUAGUGUGGGGGAGAAUUGUAUGUUGUACGUAGCUAUCAUCACGAGUUCGGCAUCUGGUGUCAUUGCACUAUCAGGUGACUUGACGACGCAGGAGACUCAAAUCAUGGACCCAGGCAGUUUGGAUGCUGCUGCGGUUUGCAUGAGCAAAGAUGUUGAGGAAAAGGAAAGGGCAGCUAUGGCUGCUCAUGUGUUUGAUGCAAAGGCCCCUGCGAAAUUGGGUCCGAAGCGACAGUUGACUGCGACUGUUGAGUUUGGACCAUCCCCGAAAGCAGCAAAAGUAAUCAAGCAAGAGCCGGUCCGCAUUAAGAAGGAACCCUUGCAAGAGGUGCCAAGCAAGCCUGUGGAAGCGCCACCAAGCAAGCCGUUGCAGCCUUUGGUAGAGCCAGCAGUGAAGCCUUCGGUGCCAAUCAAGCAAGAACCUUUGGAAGUGCCAAUCAAGAGAGAGCUUGAAGCCGAGUAUGAUCAGGAGGAUCCUUUGCCAGAGUUAGCUGCCCCGGUGGAGUCUGAAGAAGGCUCCAUGGACCCAGAGGUUGAAGGAAGCCCCGGUGCUCAGGAUUCAGAGGAGUUUGAGGGAGGCUCCGAUGCUCAGGGUCCAAAGGAGUUUGAGGGAGGCUCCGAUGCUCAGGGUCCAAAGGAGUUUGAGGGAGGCUCCGAUGCUCAGGCUCCGAAGGAGUUUGAAGGAGGCUCCGAUGCUCAGGGUCCAGACGCGCCCGCUGUUGGCUCCGAUGCACAGGGUGGCGAGACUACCGAAAAAAUAGGCAUGACACGGCCUGCCCUUCUGAGCACGGCUGGUGCUUUGGCCCCAGGUGACCAGGCCCAGAUGUGCAAGAAGGGUGGCAAGAAGAAUGGCAAAGCUGACGAGAGUGCUGCAGCCAAGUCGGCUGAGACCUGCCGUGGCACAUCCAAGAAACCAGCCAAGAAGGAUGAACAGGAGACGGAGACGGCAGCUGAGCCGAAGAGAAAGCCCGGCCGCCCAAGAAAGCACGACAUCCAGCCAAAAGCCAAGGCCAAAGCUAAGAUAGCCGAGCCAAGCGCAAAGAAAGCCGCGACCCCGAAGAAAGCAGCAAGCAACAAGCGCAAGGCACCAGAUGCUGAAGCACCCAACAGCCAGGAUACCAAGUUUUAUUCCCCGCAAGCGAGACCCAAAGCCAAGCCCAAGGCAAAAGGCAAGAGCAAAGCAAAGCCGGCCCCAAGCCCCCCCAAGGGUGGGAAGGAUGGGAAGGGUGGAGAGCCAAAGGGUGCGGCUUCACAGGACCCGGGCCUGAAGAGCAGAAAGAGUUGUGCUUAUCACAGAGCGAAGAAAGCUGCUUUGAACAGUGGCCUUUCGAAAGAGAAGGCAAUCGUUCAGGCCAAGAAGGUCUUUGAUGGAUCCUGGGAAAACUUCUCUCGAACCGCCACGACAAGGUUCUCUGGACCCUGGACUACGAGUACUCUUCGGCCUGAGCAAUAUCCUUGGAAGGCUGCCCCGGCUGGCGAUGCUGAGCACUUCGAUGUGAAGGCCAUGGACUGCCAGAAGGUACUCAUAGCUGUGAUGAUGCUGAUACUGUGGUCGACGAAUCUACCACAGGCCAAAUCCUUUGAUCUUCUCGACUUGUUUUCUGGGGUCGGCAACGCCAGCAAAUAUUGGAAGUCUAAAGGAAAGACUGUGGCCACCAUUGAGAUCAAUCGGAGUGCCUCCAUGGACUUUCUCUCCAAUGGUGGUUUCGUGCAGCUUGGUCAAGCCUUAGCACCAAAUGCCAUCGAUCAGGACAACUUGCAACGUGCAGGGAUGCUCCGACGGUGGAAGGAAGCCGACGGCUCCGAGCGCUUCGCGGGCACGAGCAGCCUGAAGGAUGCUGGGGUCUAUCCCAUGGACUUUGUGAAACAAAUCUUCGAAGCUUUCGCUACAGACUGUGUGCCCGAAGCAUUGGGCUGCCUACGCCACAAAAACACCACCAACCCCGACUUGUCUGACGUGGAGUUGUUUGCUGCCCUGCCAAUGAAGGACAUGUGGGAGGAUGCACAUUUGCCUUCAGUUUAUUUCUACUUGAGAAAGAACAAGUACAUUAUGAUACCCUCUUGUUGGGAAGAUGCGAUCCUUGCAUUUGAAACAGAACUGGAUUCCAAGGCGGCGCAAGCCAACCUCAGUCAGCUUCAGCAACAGCUAGCUGCUGUUGAGCCCGAGCCGAUUCCGGCUGCAGUGCCAGGUGCUCCUUCCGUGGCCACUUCCAGUGGUCAGUUUGCCCCUGGCAAUGUGUGUCAAAAGCUUGGGGUCCUGCCACGAUCCCACACCACCCGCAUGCUGCAGGGAUCCUCGAAAUACGACAACGACAACAACGAGCCCACGGAGGUUGCUUCAACCCCCGGCAAGACCCCCAAGCCCCAGGAGACUAAGUCGAUCGAGGUUGAUGACAGCCCGCUGGUGCCCAGUGCAAGCAAGAGCAGCCCCAGAAGCCACGGCAAAGGCACACGCCCGGAUGUUCGAAGGUCCUUGAACUGGGAAAGACCGCCGACGGACGAGUCUUCGAUUGAUUGGGGUGAGCAGCUUCGCAAGCUCCUGCUGGAUCAUGGGUCGUUUGACAAGAUAGAGGGGGUCUUGGAGAGGUGGCACCAGCAGAAGAAGCAAUCGGCAGAGACGGGUGGACUUGUGACAAAGGAGUGGCUGAUCGCUAAGCGGUUCUAUACCCAGACAAUGGCAGACAAUGCCUUUGAGUGGGCGAAGCGGAACGGGAAGUUGUUCACUUCGGAGGUUCAUGGGGCCGAGGAGGCUGACAUUCCGCUAGAGUGGAAAUGGAGCAAUACCAAUGAGUCGGGGCAGAAGACAGGGUUUUCGAGCUCUUUCAGCAUGGAUGACCCGGACUGUGCUUUGCUGGACAAGGACAACGAGGACCUGGGCCACUUCGAGGUUGCUAAGACCGCGGAGAGGGCCAGCGAUUCCGUUGCCACGGCUCAGGCAGGGGCUUCGUUUAAGAUGUGCUUUCCUAGCUUGCAGCAAAACGCCUCCCCGCUUGGGCUGCUAUCCAGCUACAUCUGUGUGCUCGGGAAGAAGAUUGACUUGGCUGAGACAGUGAAGGACAAGGUCCAGGGCAAGAAAGGGGAGAAGGCAUCCGAGCUCUGCAAGAACUUGACCACCUGCUUGAAAGACAUGAAUGACUGCUACCGGAAGUUGACCGAUGUGCAAGCCAGUGCGGCGACCACCGAUAAUGAGGCGGAGAUUGCCAG